AUGGCUACUGCAUUACCAGUAUUCCCAGCUUUUUCUGUGUAUGGGGACUCUACUUCUAUUGGUCCUCGAUGGGAGAAAUGGUUGAAGAAAUUUGAGACAUUUCUAGUUGCAUACGAUAUAAAAAACAAUGCAAGAAAACGAGCACUGCUGUUGUUUUCUGCGGGAGAUGAGGUCGCUGAUGUUUUUGAAACACUACCUGACGUUGAGGGCAGUGACAAUGUAUACAAAGCGGCUGUAGAUGCCCUGAAUAAAUAUUUCCUGCCAAAGGUGAAUAAAACCUAUGCGGUCAAUGUUUUUAGGCAUGCUACUCAGAAAACUGAUGAAUCUUUGGAUCAGUAUUUUACCCGUUUGAAACAACUAGCAAGAAAUUGUGGUUUUCAUGAUGUUAAUGAAGAAAUAAAAUCCCAGAUAGUAUUAUCAUGUGUGUCAACUAGGUUACGUCGUAAAGCUCUGAGAGAUGAUUUAACAUUAGAGGCACUGUUAGAUUCUGGUCGUUCUUUUGAAGUUUCUGAACGUCAAGCCAGAGGUAUUGAAAAUCAGUUUGAGACAGAAACAGAAGUAAAUACAGUCCAGCCUGUAAAAAAGAGCCAGUGGAAAAGAAAUAAAUAUAAGAAAUCCCAGCAGUAUACUGGUAAACCAAAACGAGUGGAGCCUGACAGAAAACACAAGUCGUGUUUCAGGUGUGGAGGAAAAUAUCCACAUUCAGGUGAAUGUCCAGCAAGAGAUCAACAAUGCAGAAAAUGUGAUAAAACAGGACAUUUCGCUAAAGUAUGUCGGAGUAAAAUAUUGCAACAUGUCAAUUCUGCUACAACUAAAGAUUUUUCUUCCUCAGAUGAUGAUUAUGCAUAUCACAUCACAGUGUCCUCCAUAUCAACCAAUCAACAGCCUGAUACUAAAAUUGACAUAGAUGGUCAAACAGUUAAAUGUAUCAUUGAUUCUGGUGCAGGGACAAAUGUGUUAGACGAGAAAACAUGCAAGCUGUUGAAUAAUGCAGAAAUUACACAAUGUUCAAAGAAUGUGUAUGCAUAUGGAUCUAAGAAACCACUUCCAAUACUUGGUGAAGUUAAGGUGAAUGUAAAGUCUCCUAUAACCCAACAGUCUACUGUCACUAAGUUCCAUGUUGUAAAAGGAUCAGCAGGAAAUUUACUGGGUUAUUAUACAGCAACACAGCUUGGUUUACUACACAUAGUAAAUUCACUUUCUACAUGUACCAGUGAUAGUUUGAUUGAGGAGUAUGCAGACAGAUUUGAAGGUAUUGGCAAGAUGCGAGAUACAAAAGCAAUUUUGCAUAUUAACACAUCAGUCAAACCAGUUGCACAGCAGCAUCGGCGAGUGCCAUUCCAUGUACGUGAGCAAGUUGAAGCAGAGAUAAAUAAGCUAGAGCAGUUAGACAUAAUAGAGAAGGCAGAUGGAGCCACUCCGUGGGUAUCUCCCAUAGUAAUAGUACCUAAAAAGACAGGAAUCAGAGUAUGUGUUGACAUGAGAGCUGCCAAUCAAGCUAUAGAAAGGGAGAGACAUCCCAUGCCAACAAUAGAAGACCUGAUUGUGGAUCUGAAUGGUGCAACGGUGUUCAGCAAGAUUGAUCUAAACCAAGGUUACCAUCAGCUUGAGCUGGACACAAAAUCAAGGCAUAUAACUACGUUUGCUACUCAUAUGGGUUUAUACAGAUACAAGAGACUGAGUUUCGGAAUAAACUCUGCUGCUGAAAUAUUUCAGAAAGCAGUAUCAGACAUGAUACAAGGUAUACGUGGUGCUAGAAAUCUUUCAGAUGACAUUAUCAUAUAUGGUAAGACACAACAGGAACAUGAUGAAAUGCUAAGAGCAGUGUUCCAAAGGCUGCGGAAGUAUAACAUCACAGCUAAUCAACAGAAAUGUGAGUUCAGCAAGUCUUUGAUUCAGUUCUAUGGUCAUACAUUUUCCAGUGCCGGUAUAAUGGCGGAUGAUAAGAAAGUGACAGCAAUAAUCAAUGUCAGAGCACCAGAAGAUGCAACAGCUGUACGUAGUUUCCUAGGCAUGGCUCAAUACAUUGCUCGAUUUGUGCCUGAUUUUGCAACUAUUGCAACACCAUUACGUAUUCUAACUCACAAAGAUACAAAGUGGGAAUGGGGACCUGAGCAACAAGGAUCAUUCGAGAAGUUAAAAAGCCUGAUGGCAAGUCACAGGGUGAUGAAAUACUUUGAUCCAAGGCUGAAAACAGAGCUGUUAGUAGAUGCAAGCCCAACAGGCCUUGGUGCAGUUUUAACACAAGUAAAUGAGACCAGAGAUACUUGUAAUAUCAUUGCAUAUGCAAGUCGUGCACUGACAGAUACAGAGUCACGGUACAGCCAGACAGAGCGAGAAGCCCUUGCAGUUAUAUGGGCUUGUGAACAUUUUCACAUUUAUGUAUUUGGUUCAGAAUUCAAGGUGAUAACCGACCAUAAGCCAUUAGAAGGCAUGUUCAAUAAGUCUAAUUCUAAAUUAACAGCCAGACUUGAAAGACUAAGUUUGCGUCUUCAACCGUAUCAAGUAGUUCUUGAGUAUCAACCAGGUGAAUCCAACCCUGCUGAUUACAUGAGUCGACAUCCUGACCAGGUAAACCACUGUAAAGACCAUGUUUCACGUAUUGAUACAUACAUAAAUUUUAUAAUUGAGAAUGCGAUACCCCCUGCUAUGACAAUGGCUGAAAUUAAGCAAGCAACAUCGGAAGAUGAAAUCUUACAGAAAAUAAUGGAAGUUAUUAACACACAAAAGUGGUAUGAUUUGCAUCAUGAUGUUGUACAAUACAAAGCAGUCAAAGACGAACUGUCAACAGCCAAUGGAGUUGUGUUACGUGGAAACAGAAUUGUGGUUCCAAAGAAAUUGCAACAGAAAGCCAUAUGUUUAGCUCAUGUCGGUCAUCAAGGUGUUGUAAAAACGAAAAAGUUGCUGAGAGAAACUCUUUGGUUUCCAGGUAUUGACAGAAUGGUGGAAGAAACAGUAACCAGGUGCAUACCAUGUCAAGCAUCAACACAUGGACCAAAACCUACUAUCGAGCCAUUAAAAAUGUCUACACUGCCAAAUGGUCCUUGGCAAGAGGUCUCAGCAGAUUUCUGUGGUCCAUUCCCAAAUGGUAAAUAUUUGUUGGUAGUCAUCGAUGACUACAGUAGAUACCCAGAGGUAGAAAUUUGUAAUUCUACAUCUGCAGAAGCAGCUAUCCCGCACUUCGAUGCAAUCUUUGCCAGACAAGGUAUACCGGACAUUGUUAAAACUGAUAAUGGCCCGCCAUAUAAUGGAGAUGAGUUUAAACGCUUUUCUAAAUAUGUUGGAUUUAGACAUAGAAAAAUAACACCAUUGUGGCCAAAAGCUAAUGGAGAAGCCGAGAGGAUGAUGCGAACGCUGGAAAAAGCAGUCCGUGCAGCCAAGCUAGAAGGCAAAAGCUGGUGCCAAGGACUUUUUCAAUUUCUGCGUCAGUAUAGAGCUACACCACAUUCAACUACAGGCAUUUCUCCAUUCAAAGCUUUGAAUAGUAGAAAAAUGAAAACAACCCUACCUCAGAUAUAUAAUAAUAAACCUGAUAGGAAAAUUCAAGCAAGUGAUGCAAAGAGAAAAUUAUGCAUGAAGAAGUAUGCAGACACACGCAACCAUGCUAAAGCAUCAGAUUUAGGCAUCGGAGACCGAGUCCUUGUAAAACAACAAAAGAGAAAUAAAAUGUCAACUCCAUUCAAUCCUGAGCCAUAUGAAGUUGUGAGUAAGAAAGGCAGUAUGACCACCGUCCAGAGAGGAAAUCAUGAGAUCACCAGAAAUGCUUCAUUCUUUAAGAGAAUUCCUCAUGAAAAUAAUGUAGAAACUAAUCAAACAAUAUCGGACAAUCUUCAAAUAUUAGACAAUCCUCAAACAUCAACAAAUCCACCAGAAUCGAUACGUAGAUCCAAGAGAGAAAGACAAAAACCAAGUUAUCUUCAAGACUACAUAACUUAG